AUGGCAGUGGUGCCCAGCAGCAUCCUGCUCUUCCUCCUGGUGGGCAUACCAGGCUUGGAGUGGGCGCAGGCUUGGAUUGCCAUCCCUUUGUGCAUCAUGUAUGUCAUUGCAGUCCUGGGAAACAGCAUCAUUCUCUACGUGAUCAAGACUGAGCCCAGACUGCAGGAGCCUAUGUACCUUUUCCUGGCCAUGCUGGCCAUCACCGACCUGGUUCUUUCCACCUCCACUGUGCCCCAAAUGCUGGCUGUUUUCUGGCUCAGUGCUGGGGCCAUUGACUUCCAUGCCUGCCUGGCCCAGAUGUUUUUCAUCCAUGCCUUCUCGUCUGUCGAGUCGGGAGUGCUCAUGGCCAUGGCUCUCGACCGCUAUGUGGCCAUUUGCUACCCGCUCCAGCAUUCGGCCAUCCUCUCCUUGCAAGCCAUAGGAACCCUGGGCAGCCUCGUUCUUCUGCGUGCAGUUCUCCUCAUCAGCCCCUUUGCCUUCCUGGCUCACAGGCUUCCCUACUGUGGCCACCAAUUCAUUUCCCACUCCUACUGUGAGCACAUGGCUGUGGUGAAGCUGGCUUGUGGGAAUAUCCAGGCCAACGUUGUUUAUGGCCUCUUUGUGGCUUUUGUGGUAGUUGGAUUCGAUAUCUUCAUCAUUGCUAUGUCCUAUGUCAUGAUCCUCAAGACCGUAUUGAGACUCCCAUCCCAUGAGGCUUGUCUGAAAGCCUUUGGGACCUGUGCAUCCCAUAUCUGUGUUAUUCUUUCUUUCUAUAUUCCAGCUCUCUUCACUUUCCUCACUCACCGGUUUGGCCACAAUGUCCCCCACCACAUCCACAUUAUAGUGGCUAUACUCUACCUUCUGGUGCCCCCCGCUUUGAAUCCUGUUAUAUAUGGGGUGAAAACCAAGAUGAUCAGGGAGAGGAUUCUCACUAUAUUCCUUAUUUCAGGCAGGCAAAGGACAACUUUCGGGGAGGGUACAUAG